GAGGGCGGACUGCCUUGGCCUUUAAGCGCCCGCUGACGCUCAAUUGAAAGAGGCUCGGGUCAGUCCCCACACCAUGCCCGUUUUGCGCUCUCAGCCAGAGUGCGCCUGAGCCGUCCGGGCCUCGGUGUCCCCGCGGGUCUUGCGCCGCCGCCUCUCCGUGAUGCAGGCGCGCGCGCUACUCCCUGCCACGCUGGCCACUCUGGCCACGCUAGCUGUGUCGGUCCUGGCCAGGGAGCCCCCGGCGGCGCCUUGUCCUGCGCGCUGCGACGUGUCGCGCUGUCCGAGCCCUCGCUGCCCUGGGGGCUAUGUGCCAGACCUCUGCAACUGCUGUUUGGUGUGCGCCGCCAGCGAGGGUGAGCCCUGCGGCCGCCCCCUGGACUCGCCAUGCGGGGACAGUCUGGAGUGCGUACGCGGCGUGUGCCGCUGCCGUUGGACCCACACGGUGUGUGGCACAGACGGGCACACAUAUGCCGACGUGUGCGCGCUGCAGGCCGCCAGCCGUCGUGCGUUGCAGAUCUCCGGGACUCCAGUGCGCCAGCUGCAGAAGGGUGCCUGCCCCUCUGGUCUCCAUCAGCUGACCAGUCCGCGGUACAAGUUCAACUUCAUCGCCGAUGUGGUGGAGAAGAUCGCGCCAGCCGUGGUCCAUAUAGAGCUCUUUCUGAGGCACCCUCUGUUUGGCCGGAAUGUGCCGCUGUCCAGUGGUUCGGGCUUCAUCAUGUCAGAAGCCGGCUUGAUCGUCACCAACGCCCACGUGGUCUCCAGCUCCAACACCGCCUCAGGUCGGCAGCAGCUGAAGGUGCAACUGCAGAAUGGGGAUGCUUAUGAGGCCACCAUCCAGGACAUCGACAAGAAGUCAGACAUUGCCACCAUCUUAAUCCACCCCAACAAAAAGCUCCCCGUGUUACUGCUGGGUCACUCGGCAGACCUGCGGCCUGGCGAGUUUGUGGUGGCCAUCGGCAGUCCCUUUGCCCUGCAAAACACCGUGACAACGGGCAUCGUCAGCACUGCCCCGGAUGGCAAAGAGCUGGGCCUCCGGGAUUCGGACAUGGACUAUAUCCAGACAGACGCCAUCAUCAACUAUGGGAACUCAGGAGGACCCCUGGUGAACCUGGAUGGUGAGGUCAUCGGCAUCAACACGCUCAAGGUGGCGGCUGGUAUCUCCUUUGCCAUCCCCUCGGAUCGCAUCACGCGCUUCCUCUCUGAGUUCCAAGACAAGCAUGUGAAAGCCCUCUCACCAGCACUGCACUGAGAGCAGGGGCCUUCCUCCUGCUUGCCCCCUCCUUUGCGGCCCUGUCAGCCACACACAAGGAUCCCAGUACAGCCAAGACCCGUCCCAUGAAGAACUGCAAGUGAGGAGCCUCAUUCUGUUCCAAGUGGCCCUAUGAAGAUGACAGGAGCAGGCAGAGCCUGUCCCUCCCAGGAAUCCGAGGCACCUUCUGGUGAAUAGUGGGAACUAGCCACCUUUUCUCUUGGCUAGUAGGAAGCUCAGAACUAGACCAGGGUUCCUAGACCAUGGGUAGCCUUGGCCCUUUGUCUAGUGACCAGAAUUUUCCAGUUUAGCUUGCUUAUGGGAUUGGAACUCCACCCAUAUAGACUGGUCUGUGGGUGACUGCUAUGCUGGAAAUGGGCCAGAGACCUCUUGUCCCCUGGAUGCUUCUUCUAUUCUCAGGCAAGAACUCCCUGGGGGUCAGGAUCUGCUCCUCUGUUGUAGAGCAACUGUCCUAGUCACCAUGUCCUGGUCACUCAGCCCAGGCUCUUUAGAAAUGCUCACCCCCAUUCCAGAGCUGUUAUUACCCAAGGACAGUGCCUUCCUACUACCAGAGGAUCUGACAAGGCUUAGCUAAGUGGGGUCCAUUGACUUAAAGUCAUUCUGAAAUGUGUGCUUAUUUAUGCUUUUCUGUUUUUAAAUAAAAACAUCAGAUGAUCUGAA